CUUCUGUUAUACAUCCUUCUACUUUAAAAAAUAUAAAAAGAACCUAUGAAGAACCAAAAAAAAAAUUAAAUUUGAAAAUAUAUUAUAUAGGUUAAAAAAAGGGCAAAGGAGUGCAAUCACUACAUAAGUGCGUUCACUUCCAUUUAAAGUAAAUAUUGACUUCCGUUCGUUCAAAUAACUUCACAUCCGAAAUUUCGAUCAAUCAGUGUGAUUAACAUGUAGAUAUAAAGGUUUCGUUCGGUGUUAGCUCUAAAAUUAGUUAUAAAAUUGGAUAAAAUCGGUCGGUGAUUUGAUUCGUGCUCAUGUAGGGAAGCGGAAUAGCGAUUUGCAGGAAGAACUACCACCGUAUCCGCAAUUUUUUUACAGAUCUGGCCCGUGCGACUUCCUUUUGUUUGCAAACUGGAAAAAGUCAUGCCCCAUAUGGAAAUUGACCCUUCGGACCUACACAAUGAUUUCGGCACUACUAUGAUCUAUCUCAUAGGUUUAUAUCACUACGGUACCUUAACUUACGACUUGAAUGUGAGAUCGCUACUGUAUUGUAAUUGUAGCGCAGAUUUAAAACUAAAUUGAAAAUGGCAUCCCUAACCGAUACUUAUCAUGCGAUAACAGGACCGAUUAUAACUUUUCGGUUCGGUUCAUCGCUAAAAAGCACCAAAAACAUUCCAAUUUGCAAGUGAAAACAAAUAUUGUUAUUCAAAACAUGAAGGAGAAAAUGAGGCGCAAUUUUUGGAUUUCCUCGGAAAUCGAGUGCAUGUUAAAUUUGCUACGUGAAGUUUAUAAAAUACAAGGCACCACCGCAACAACAAAUUACACAUUCAUACAAAUUGCUAACAAGAUGAGGAAGAAAGGAUUUCCCAACAAGUCGGCAACACAAAUUCGACGAAAAUGGUUUCAAAUGAAGUCGGCUUAUUUAUGCUACAAACGUGGUAAUGUUGAGAGGUUGCUCUUGAUACCUGAGAAAUUUCGUCCUAUAAUAGCCCAAUUCGUGGAUAAGGAUAUUAAACCGAAUUACCGGGAGCUAUCGCCAACUCCGGAACCUGCGCCACCACCACAACGGACACCAUCGCCUCCACCGUUGCCAACAACUACGCAAAAACCUAUAAUUACAUAUAGUAGAUUGAGAGACACAUCCAAUUCCAGAAAUGGUGCAAAAAGCGUUGACAGUGAACUGAGAUAUGAUGACUUUUUCUCCGAAAUAAAGCAGACCCAUAAAAUUAUUAACAGUACCUUUUCGAAUAUGCAAAAAAUUUUAAUGGAUUUCGAACAUGAGUGUCAAGCUGAGAGAGAUGCUAAGCUUAUAACAUUUAUAAACAGUAUGAAAUAUGAUUUUUGAAGAAAAAUUAAAUUUUACAUUUAGAAAUA